AUGGUCCCCGAAGUUGGCGAACUGAACAAGUCCAACGCGGUGGGGGAGGAGCUCUGCCGCUUCACCAUCUUCAACAUCACGUCUCCGACCAACUCCAACAUUGGCGAGGAUUUCAUUCGUGCCGCCUACAUUGUGGUGGACAUCUACGACCAGGAAAUAUCCAUGGUGCAGGCUCUGUACGACGUAGAUGAUUCGAACAUUGCCCCCUUUAGCGCACGUGGCGCCGGAGCCCCGAGCGCAAUUACAUUAACUUCGCAGCCGGCUAACACGCGGACUGAUAUGGCAACUGAAACCAUAUUCCCCGCCUUCACGCCAAAGACUUAUGUGGCCGCUGCCGGGUACACUAGUCUCGCCAACACGGCCUCUAUAUCAACAGCCGCAAUAGCUACUCUCACCGUAACUCCCACGGAGCCUUCGACCGUCGCCUGGGCCGGCAUUGGCGUCGGUGCCCCUGUCAGCAGUUUAGCAGUCCUCGGCGCAAUCCUGUUCCUUGUCUGGCGGCGCGAGCGGCAACAACACCCCAUCUACACACCCGAAGCCCCAUCACCCGCACAGCCAGUGCCAGAGGCUCCAGACGAUACGAAAUAUCAUUAG